ACAUCACUCCACCGUCGCGUCGUUUUCGACGCUGAAAUGUCUUCUGCAGAACCCAAACCACACAUAUGUCCACCGUCUAAUGCAGUUCACCCAAGCGACCGUUGGGAGUCGCUCUUCAUCUACUCCUUCCUCUGUAAAUUCACCAAUCUCAGAGGAAAGGAGGGUUUGGAGACACCUAUGGAUCUAGAGGAAGCCCUAAUGUCUAAAGAGCCUCACCCAAUCUUGACACAGCUUCUAACCACCUUCGUCCUAAAUCUCAAACCUCAGACGCGUAAUUUGAGCGCGGAUCAAAUAUCCACCACCGUGGCUAGCGUGCUGUCCGAAUUUCUCAAGACCAACGAAAGAACUGUGUUCUGGGACAAUGAUCUCCACCGCAACGUCGACCCCUUCGAGGGUCGACAAAGCGGCUUCUUCUCCGCCGACUGGGACUUCAAACUCAAAGUCCUCCGCGUGUUAGUCGAGCUGCAGCUCACACACGCUCCUUCCAUUAAAGCGACCAUCGAUCGCGCUUGGGGAAUUGUGCAUAACAAGCACAAGAAGGGCCAAGCCACAGAACCUAAGCCAGAACCCUCAGACCCCAAAAGCCAGGAAAACCUCCAACUUCUACCUGUCGGCCAGGACAGUUCGCGAAAACGAUACUGGAUUGCAGAUGAUUCACCUCGUGUAUGGGCUUCCACCAACCCAUGGAAAGUGACUGCCACAUUCCAGUCCGUCUCCUCAGACCGGGACAGUUAUCUCGCUCUCAUUGAAGAGUUGAAGAAGGCCGCCCCACCCGUGCCGAAGAAAGGCCUGAAACUGUCGAAACUGGAGCAGUCCCACAACAAUUUGAUUGCGACCCUAGAAGGUCGCAUAGAGGCCAUUGAUGCCGAACUAACGCGCGUUGCCAAAGUUCGCAGAAAGAUGGAGCAGAAACGGAUACUGCUCGCACAGGCCGAGCUGCGGGAAACCCGUACCCGCACACGCACCAAGCGCCCGGUGUAUACCUAUGACAACGACUUCGACAGUGAGGACGAAGGCGACGAAUAUAGAUAUCAAGACGAUAUGGAGGAGGACAGUUUCUCUGGCGGUUCACGGCGGCGCCGGCAGGCUGCUACGACGGCCACUCGACGUUCCAGUCGUGUAACGAAGUCCUCGUAUCGGGAUCAUUCACCGGCGGACUCAUGGCAGAAUUGGAGAGGCGAAAGACGGUCAACGCGGUCGGGAGGGUCACAAUUCGACGACGACCGCGCCCCCAAACGAGCCAAGACGGAGGAGAGCACCGUCAGCACCGAGGGUUCGACAUCUGGGGUUGCAUCUAGCGGUCUAAAAAUCAAGAAUUCUGGUGCAGCGGCUCUCAAACCUACAGAGAUGGCUGUGGAACAAAUUCCGGGGAAAAAGAGGUCCAAAUUUUGGGUUUAUGCCGUGGAGCCAAUUCCAGGGGAGGGUGAAGAUUCGUCGCCAGGUGGUCCUGUGGAUACGAUUAUGAGCGGGGACGAUGCCCCGUCAACACACGCCUCGAAGAAUGGUGCAGUCAACUCGGCGAGCACCACGGCCGUUGACGAGGCUGAAUGGACUCAAUCCAAUGGGCGCAGCAAGAGCGAGAUGAGCUAUGAUGCCAGCAUGGAUGGCAGUCUUUCGCCCAUGGCCGUGGACGAUUCGUGA